UAAAACCUCUUAACUUAAUAUAAAUAAUGGAGUAAAUAUUAGUAAUAAUAAAAAGACUAUAUCUCUUUAUUAGGUUUACAGACAUCACGCAAAGCGCCGCCUUCACCUCUAAUCCCUAUUUCUUCCUAUUCUCACGCUACCAGCUCAGCUCGUCUGCAAUCUCUCUCUGUUUUCCGCCGCUCGUCGCCCCCUGCGGCCCACGCCGCUCGCCUCGAAAUCUCUACAGCAACAGCCUGCGCCGUGCUCCGCCUCACUGUGCAGCCUAUCAGAGCAGCUCUGCCGACAACUCCCCAACCCAACGCCUAAUAGCAGUGGUUUGGUUUUAGGCAGAGCGGGCUUCUCUUCUUCCCCACACCGUUGAAAUUUUAGGAUUCAACCUGAAACAAAACCACUUUUAAGAAUUUGGUGUAUUGCUCUCUAAAUUAUAGGAGCAAUGAUGAGGAUAAAGACCCCGAAAAGUGGCAGAAUCAAGAGAGAGCUUGAAAAACGCGCCCCGAAACUCGUGGAAACGGGGAAGAAAACGCUCAUACUUCACGGAACUAAAACGACCAGUGUUUUGAAUUCAGUGUUAGCAGAAAUUCAUCAUCUGAAGAAGGAUAAUUCUAUCAAGUACUCUAGAAGAAAUGAUAAAAUUAGACCUUUUGAGAGUGGCGGUGAAACUUCUCUGGAGUUUUUCUCGCUCAAGACAGAUUGCAGCCUGUUUGUGUUUGCUUCUCACACUAAGAAGCGACCAAACAAUCUUGUACUUGGACGAUUCUAUGACCACCACAUAUAUGAUCUUGUAGAGGUUGGCAUUGAGAAUUUCAGAAGCAUGGGAUCUUUUUCGUAUGAUAAGAAAUUGGCUCCACAAUUGGGGUCAAAGCCCUUCUUUGCUUUCAUUGGAGAAGCUUUUGAGAGUGUUGACGAGCUCAAACACCUUAAGGAAGUCUUGCUUGAUCUAUUCCGUGGAGAAGUUAUUACAAACUUGAACCUGGCUGGACUAGAUCGUGUUUAUGUCUGCACAGCUUUGUCAGCAAACAGAAUAUUUUUCUCUCAUUUUGCGCUGCGUCUUAAAAAAUCUGGCACCAAAGUACCGAGGAUGGAGCUGGUUGAGGUUGGCCCCUCCAUGGACAUGGUUAUUCGUAGGCAUCGUCAACCUGAUGACAGCCUCAGAAAAGAAGCAAUGAAAAUGGCACCUGAAUCAACAAAGAAAAAGGAGAAAAAUGUUGUCAAGGAUGAUAUUCUAGGCAAACUCGGAAAGAUUUAUAUUCCAGACCAGAAGGUUGGGAGCGUGCCACUUGCUAACAAAUCAAAGGGAGUGAAGAGGGAGCGACGGGAAGCUAAGGCGGCUAAGGGCGAAGGAGACAAUCCUACAACACCAAAGAAGCAAAAGCAGGAUUCUGAAUGAUUUUGUUUUUUAUCAUUUUAGCAAGCAUGCGAGGCAGAUUGUGGUUUGUGUUAUUCGGCUUGGAAUCAAUUUUGAGCAACAUAUGAUAAUCUAAAAUCAGGUUUUUAGUUGUUAGUUUUAUUAUGGUAUAUUCCAUGACUAUAUAUCCAACUUUUACCAUUUAUUAUGUAGAGUGGGUUCUUUUCUCCUGUUGCGAAA